AUGUCCGCUUCCUUAGCACCGGAAUGUAACGAAGUCAAAGAGCGCUACGAUAACUGCUUCCUCAAGUGGUACAGCGAAAAAUUUCUGCGUGGUACUGCUACAACCGAUGAAUGUAAACCGAUAUUUGAGCAGUAUGAGAAGUGUCUUUCGCGAGCUCUGAACGAGCGAGGCAUCGACAAAAUGUUGAAGGAAGUGCGAGACGACAACAGGGAAAAUGAUGCUGAGCACAUGAAGCCAAACCGAUGA